AUGGUAUCCAACGCCCAGGGAUCUCCCGUGAAGGCAUUGAUUGUUGAGGACAUUCGAGUUUGUGCCUUCGUUCUCUCUGCGAUGUUACGCAUGUUUAACUGCGAGAUUGUUGUGGCUAAUAAUGGGAAAGAAGCUCUGGAUUUUUUCCUUGAAGGGAAGAAGUUUGACAUUGUUUUGUGUGAUAAGAACAUGCCCAUAAUGUCUGGACCUGAGGCAGUUAAGAAGAUCCGUGCUCUGGGAGAAGCUGAUGUGAUGAUUGUUGGGGUGUCAGCUGAUGAGAAUGCCAUGGAGGCGUUCAUGAGUGCUGGUGCCGAUGUGUUUGUUGACAAACCAAUCCGCAAUACCCCGGCCCGUUCGCAUGGGCAGCACCGGAACUGCCGAACUCAUCGGGGAGAAACUGAUGUGAUGAUUGUUGGGGUGUCAGCUGAUGAGAAUGCCAUGGAGGCGUUCAUGAGUGCUGGUGCCGAUGUGUUUGUGGACAAACCAAUGAAAAUCGAGACUCUUGGGACUAUGAUUCAGGAGGUGAUGAACAAGAAGAACGCCAUGAUCUAA